AUGGGCUGCCUAAUCUGUUUUCCCAACUAACCCACCAAAGGAAGAACAGAGAAGAAGUUUCUGACUUUGUCAAUUGCAGAAACACAUAUAGCCACGUAUCUCUUUAACAAACUUACCCACCAAAGGAAGAAGGAGAAGAAGCAAUUCCAUAUGGUCACAAGAAUGCCUUACACCAGAGGAUUGCUCUUCCUUCUUUCUUCCCUGCUUCUGUUGAGACACUACACUGUACAAUCUGUCUAUACUGACCACGAGUGUAUAUCAGGCAAUUACACUGCCAAUAGUGCAUAUCAAACCAACCUCAACCUUCUCCUCUCUUCUCUAACCUCUAAUGCCAAAAUCGAUUCUGGAUUCUAUAACACUACCAUCGGUCAGGAUUCCGACAAAGUUUAUGGUCUUUUUCUAUGUAGAGGUGAUGUUACUCCAGAAACCUGUACUUCCUGCAUUCAGGAAGCCAAGGAUGAUAUCACACAACGUUGUCCUACUGAGAAAGAGGCCAUAAUAUGGUAUGAUUUCUGUAUGUUACGUUACUCAAAUCGGUCUAUAUUCUCAACUAUGGAAGCUACUCCGUAUUCUCAUUUGAUAAAUACAAACAAUGUCUCCAACUCGGAUCAGUUUGAUCAGGCAUUAGGGGAUUUGAUGAAUGGCCUGGUAAGUACGGCUGCGUCUGGAUCAUCUACCCGGAAAUAUGCAGCAAAUGAUACAACCGUUACAAGCCUUAAGAAGAUAUACGGGUUAGUGCAGUGCACUCCUGAUUUAUCUCAGUAUGAUUGCAACAGAUGCCUAGUUGGGGCAGUGGAUACCAUGUCAAACUGUUGUGAUGGGGUCAGGAAGCAAGGUGGGAGGGUUCUUAGACCCAGUUGUUCUGCAAGGUAUGAGCUUAACGAUCCUUUCUAUCAAACAUCAACGGAACCAACUGUCACACAAGAUAAAGGAAGCAAUUCAUCUGUUAUUAUCAUUAUUGUUGUUGUUGUUGCUGUUGUUGUAGCAGUUACUGCAAUCAUACUUGUAUCCAUCCUCUAUCUGCGUUCUCGAAGGAGGAAGCUGAAGCACAUAGUUGAUGACGAAGAACCUCAGGAUGAGAUUAUAAGUGCCGAUUCCUUACAAUUCAACUUUGAUACAAUAAGAGCUGCCACAGACAACUUCUCUGAUGAAAAUAAGCUUGGACAAGGAGGAUUUGGAGCUGUUUACAAGGGUAAGCUUUUGGAUGGACAAGUAGUGGCUGUGAAGAGGCUCUCAAGAAAUUCUGGACAGGGUGACUUAGAAUUUAAGAAUGAGGUUAUAUUAGUGGCCAAGUUGCAGCACAGGAAUCUUGUUAGACUCCUUGGAUUCUGCUUAAAGGGAGAGGAAAAGCUGCUCAUCUAUGAAUUUGUGCCAAAUACAAGUCUUGAUCACUUUAUUUUUGAUCCAAUCAGACGCUCACAAUUGGAUUGGGAGAAACGUUACAAAAUUAUUGGAGGGAUUGCUCGAGGGCUUCUUUAUCUUCAUGAGGAUUCUCGACUAAGGAUUAUUCAUAGAGAUCUAAAGGCCAGCAAUAUUUUGUUAGAUGAGGAGAUGAAUGCAAAAAUUGCAGAUUUUGGCAUGGCAAGGCUCUUUGUAGUGGACCAAACUCAAGCCAAUACUAGCAGGAUUGUUGGAACAUAUGGAUAUAUGGCGCCGGAGUACAUGAUGCAUGGGCAAUUCUCAGUUAAGACAGAUGUGUUUAGUUUUGGAGUCUUAGUUCUAGAGAUCGUGAGCGGUCAGAAAAAUAACAGUUUCAGUCUAUCAUCGGAGCGCACUGAGGACCUUCUCAGCUAUGCAUGGAGAAAAUGGAAUGAUGGUACAGCUUUGGCAUUGAUGGAUCCGACUUUGGGAGAAAAUUGUCCUAAGUCUGAAGUAAUUAGAUGCAUUCAUAUUGGACUAUUAUGUGUUGCAGAAAAUGUAUCUGACAGACCCACCAUGGCUUCUGUUGUUCUCAUGCUCAAUAGCUACUCUGCUACUCUCCCAUUACCCUCAUCACCAGCCUUUUUAAUGCAUAGCGGAAGCAAGUUACGUGAGCCUUCCACAGACUAUGGUUCUGUAAUAGAAUCAAGUCAUUCCAGAAGUAAUUCGGCAUCAAAGUUGAUGAAUGAAAUGUCUAUUACUGAUUUGUCUGCUCGGUAGUGUUGGUGGAUGAAGA